AGGGAGAAUUGUUUGAGAGCUCAGUCAUCCAAAAACGGCCUUUCAAUGUGAGAUGUUGGGGAUCCGAAGAAAAUGUCGGUGGCAUUGCAGUAAAUUACUAAAGCAGCGAGGCUUCUGAGGGAACAGAAAGUUAAAAACUGUUGUUCUGGGGACUAAAACUCAACGCAGAAGAGAGGCCAAGAAAGGAUCCGUUGGUUGAAACGAGGUGUAAGCACCAAGUAGAGCAGUUUUGGGGUCAGUGUAUGGAAGAUGUCUAUAAAGCAAGACUGGACUCCGUGGAUGAAAAAGAGAAGGGCUCCAGUGUUGUGUGCUCUGGGUGCAGUACUGUUGUGUUGCCUGCAGAGUGGCGCCUCCACCUCUGAUGAGGUUCCAGUGUUCACUGAAGAGCCCAUGUCUGUGGUGCAGAAGUUGGGAGGCAGCGUGAACCUCCGCUGCAGCGUCCAACCCGGCUCCGCCAACAUCAGCUGGCACCUCAACGGUCGUGAACUGGUGGACGGAGAUUUGGGUGUAGUGCUGAGGCCCAGCAGCCUGUUCAUUCCCUCGCUCUCCAACGUGACUGUGGGCAGAUACCACUGUGUGGCCAGCACCCGCGCUGGAGCCCUGGCUAGUGUGCCUGCUAACGUCACUGCUGCCAAGCUGCGGGACUUUGAGCCCGAUGACCAGCAGGAGAUUGAGGUCGAUGAAGGCAACACGGCUGUCAUUGAAUGCCACCUCCCCGAAAGCCAGCCCAAGGCUCAGGUCCGCUAUAGCGUCAAACAGGAGUGGCUGGAGUCAUCCAAAGGGAACUACCUCAUCAUGCCGUCAGGGAACCUGCAGAUAGCCAAUGCCACGCAGGAUGAUGAGGGGCCGUAUAAGUGUGCUGCUUACAAUCCCAUCACUCAAGAGGUCAAAACAUCCAUCUCUGCUGACCGCCUGCGCAUACGCCGCUCCAUGUCUGAAGCAGCUCGUAUCAUUUAUCCACCGGCGCCCCGUUCCAUUAUGGUGACUAAGGGCCAGCGGUUGGUGUUGGAGUGCGUGGCCAGUGGCAUCCCUACUCCGCAAGUCACGUGGGCAAAAGAUGGGCAGGACCUGCGUUUCCAUAACAACACACGCUUUCUGCUCAGCAACCUGCUGAUUGAUGCAGUCGGUGAGGGCGACUCAGGAAUUUACAUUUGCCGGGCGGACAACGGCAUCGGCUCAACCAGCUCAGCAACGGUGCGCUAUGAUGUACAAGUGUUUGAGCCUCCUCUGGUGACGGUGGAGCUGCAGCAGAAGGAGAUUGUGUACGGAGAGACAGUGCGCUCCACCUGCCAGGCCCGUGGUAAACCCCCUCCCUCAGUGUUGUGGCUACACAAUGCCCGGCCCCUCGUAGCAUCUAAUCGCCACCGUGUGACUUCCCGGCUGCUGCGUGUCUCCAACGUGGGCCCUCAAGAUGAGGGACUCUACCAGUGCAUGGCUGAGAAUGGGGUGGGCAGCUCACAGGCUUCUGCUCGCCUCAUCACAGUAUCAUCUGGAUUGUCGUCCAGGGCGAAGCUGCCUCCCAUCUUCCGGCCGCUCAGCCCAGACAAGGUGCUAAGAGAGCAGCCACCCGUGAAGCCUGGAGCUACAGGUGCCAUGUUGCCUCUUGACUGCUCUGAGCUGCCAGGACAGAUCUUGCCUGCAGAAGCCCCCAUCAUCCUCAGCCAACCACGCACUGGCAAGGCUGACUAUUAUGAACUCACCUGGAGGCCACGACAUGAAAGAGGACCCCGUGUGCUGGAGUACAUGGUCAAAUACAGAAAGUUGGGAGACCCUCUAGCAGAGUGGACCUCCAGCAGUAUCUUAGGCUCCCUCCAAAAACUGACCCUGACCAAGCUGCAGCCAGAUAGCCUGUACGAGGUGGAGAUGGCUGCCAAGAACUGUGCAGGUCUGGGACAACCUGCCAUGAUGACCUUCAGGACUGGCAAAGGUCGCAAAGGUCUUGGAGGGCAAAAUGAUCCCCCGAAAACUCCUGCUGUUCCUUCGCCAAGCCUUUCUCCUCCCGAGGCCCCUGACAAGCCCACGGUCUCCACGGCAACAGAAACAUCAGCAUACGUGACCUGGAUUCCUCGCGGUAACCGUGGUUUCCCCAUCCAAUCAUUUCGGGUGGAGUACAAGAAGGUGAAGAAGGCAGGAGAAGACUGGGUGACAGCGGUGGAAAACAUCCCCCCAUCACGGCUCUCUGUGGAGAUCACAGGGCUAGAAAAAGGUACGUCUUAUAAGUUUCGUGUGGUGGCGGUAAAUGUAAUUGGCUCCAGUCCUCCCAGUGCCCCUUCGAAGGCGUACACAGUGGUAGGUGGAAGAACCCAUGAGCGUCCUGUUGAUGGCCCUUACAUCACCUACAAUGAAGCCAUCAAUGAGACUACCAUCAUUCUCAAAUGGACAUACACUCCUGUAAACAACACACCCAUCUACGGCUUCUACAUCUACUACCGCCCAACAGACAGCGAUAAUGACAGUGACUAUAAGAAGGAUGUUGUGGAGGGAGACCGAUACUGGCACUCAAUCACUGACCUGCAGCCUGAAACCGCCUAUGACAUCAAGAUGCAAAGCUUCAAUGAGAAGGGAGAGAGUGAAUUUGGCAAUGUAGUGAUCCUUGAAACAAAAGCUCGUCCUAAUCACCAGCGGCCUGCUCCGUCACAGGCCCCAGACCCAGGGCAGGAACUCUCCAGUGGAAUGGUGCCUCGGCCCAGCGACCUCCCCUACCUCAUAGUCGGUAUUGUCCUGGGAGCCUUUGUCUUCAUCAUUGUCGCCUUCAUUCCCUUCUGCCUCUGGAGGGCUUGGGCCAAACAGAAGCAAACAUCCGACUUGUGCUUUCCUUCUGUGGCUGCCCCCAUGUCAUCAUGCCAGUACACCAUGGUGCCUCUUCAGGGACUCGCCCUGGUUGGACACUGCCCGCUGGAUAGCCACAUGACCACUCCACAUGGCGUCUACGCCACUAAUGGAGAAUAUACACCGAACAGCAAACCUCACCAUGCCUCACAGCGCCUGCCAGGACUGCAGCGGGAGGAGGUGGACUGUGAUGCGGAGUGUGACACGUUGUUACCACAGUCAGCGUCAAACAGACAUCUUCCUGUCUACCACUACUCCAACAGUGGUCCAGAUCAUCGUGAACAUACUUCAUGUCCUGAUGACUCCACACUUCGGCUCCUCAACUCUUCCCAUCAGCACAUUAGUUCACAGGAACUGGGAGGUGAUGGCAACUUCAGUGGUGGAAUUGAAGCAGGACACAUCAGUCAAAAGCCAGCAUCUUUCCCUCUUCUAUCUCUAGACGAUGGAGGGAUCUUAAGCACCUCGGCAUCAACAGCACAACCUAAAGACACAACAGUACAGGAAGUGAACAUCCUCCCAACUGAAGUGUCACCUGAUUACAAAAGAACAACCAACACAACAGAUGCAUAAGACUGUUAAACAGAAGAAAACGAGAAAAUAUUUAUUUUUGUAUCACAGAUAUUUAUAUAUUUAUGCUUUUGUACAUAAGUGUCUGAUUAUACUGUAUAUAAGCUUUUUUCAUAUUGAAAAAACUCUUUAUUCAUACAGUGGCUACGGAAAGUAUUCAGACCCCCUUAAAUUUUUCACUCUUUGUUAUAU